AGUACGCAGAAGGGGGGGGGGGGGUAGUAAGUUAAGUCUAGUAACCUCAUAUUUUACCAUAAUGAUAUUAAAUUGAUAAAUAUACUCUAGAUUUUUAUUUUUUGACAUGGAAAAUCAAAGUAUUGAUUUUAUACCAAGUGUUGAAGAAAGCCAUCCCAAGUGUUUGCAUGGUCCUACACUUCUUUUUGAACGCUUCACGGUUGAAGGAAAAAGAACAGGAAGAAAAUUCUUUGCUUGUUCAUCAUGUCGUGACAGGAAUGACUGUCCUUUUUUCCAAUGGGCUGAUGAACAAAUUACUUAUCAUGUUCAACAGAAGAAGAAGAAGCAUGCUGAAAAUUCAAAAAACUUAAAUUUUUCAUCAAAAACCAUACAUAAGCAACUAAAAAGAUUAUUAUCUCUGCCUUGUCAUAUAAGAAGAUUUUGUAAAACAUGUUUUUUACUGGUGUUACCUGAAGAUUUUGGUGAACAUAAAGAUCAUGAAAUUUUAGAAGGCCUUUCUGAUAAUAUACUCAAACAACCAAGUUACUUGCUGCCUUCAUUAUCAAAAAACAAGAAAGAAGCACAAUAUUUCUUUGAUGAGAAGACUGUUGCUUUUGUGGUCUCUACAGUUAAAUCUCUCGGCUUUACAAGAAUCCUUUCUAUAGGCACUCCAAGGAUCCAUGAAUAUAUCAAAAUGAACAAAACGAUUGAUCUUCAAAGUCUUCUUCUAGACAUAGACAAAAGAUAUGUACAGUUCUACAAAUCAAGAGAAUUCUGCCACUACAACAUGUUUAAUCAUUUUUUCUUUGAUGGAGAAACAGCAGAAGAAACAUAUAAGAAAUUUCUACUCAAAGAUGAUGGAAACUCACUGCUCGUGAUGUUGGAUCCUCCUUUUGGUGGACUGGUGGAUGUUAUUAGCCACACACUGAAGAAGAUUUCUAAUACUUGGAGAAAUGGCAAAUAUGACACAAGCGAAGAACUUCCAAUUUUUUGGUUUUUUCCCUAUUUCAAUGAAGCUAGGAUACAGCAGUGUCUACCAUCAUUAAAAAUGUUAGAUUACAAGGUGAACUAUGACAACCAUCGAUUAUUUAAUGGUAGUAUUAAAGGAAGAAAACAAGGAUCUCCUGUAAGAAUUUUUACAAACAUUAAACCAGAAAAAAUCAAAUUACCUGAAGAAGAUGGUUACAGAUUUUGCCCACUGUGUAAGAAGUAUGUAGCACCAGAGAAUGAACACUGUAAUGUUUGUAACACGUGUCCUUCUAAGGACGGACGUCCAUACAAACACUGUAGUGACUGUAACCGGUGUGUGAAAAAUUCUCGUCAGCAUUGUGUCACUUGUGGUCAGUGCAUGCUUCCUAACCACGAAUGUGGAGUGGUCAGUAGAGCAGGAAGAUGUCAUAUAUGUGGAGCUGUAGGUCAUAAAAGAAGGGAGUGUCCUAAUAAAGAUAAUCAUUCUGCUCCAAGGAAAAAGAAAAGAAGAUUAUGCUAGUGUCUCAGAGUGUCUUGCAUGUUUAUUGGAUAAAAAAAUAAGAUCAGUUGGACAUUUUCGGGGGUUUGUGACUUGUUUUGAAACAUCAUCGGACAUCUCUGUGAAUUAUGAAGAUACACAAUGGGGAGUAGACGUCAGUUAUGUUUAUGUUGUUUUUAUCAGUAUAUUCCUGAAAUGGCAAAACUGUAACUAUCUUUAUUAUAAUUCCCAAGAUAAGUUCAUACUAAAGUUGCACUACAACUCUAGAGAAUUGAAUAAAAUUUAUGUAUCAUAUGCUA